GGACCGAUCAGAGACACGCGCAACGAUUCGCCGAUUCUCCUCUUUGCUCUCACAUACUUGGUUUUUUCAGCCCACCAUUUCAAUUUUUUUUUCUUCUUGUCGGAAAUGAAAAUGAAAAAAAGACCAUGUGCCUGACUCUUAAAAAAAUAUAUCGUCUUUCGUUCGGUAUAGGGUGAGAUCACGAUCCUUAGUGGCAAUGAGGACAUGGUCCAAAUCAAGACUAGUGUCCAAGCAAAGGAAUCGAUCAUCAAGAACGCAGCCGCACUCGAACCCGUCCAGGAUGGCGACCGAUAUACCUACACGAUCCACACGCCUCUAGAGGAGAAAUUCGAGCGUUCAGUAACCUUCCAAGUUUUCGUUACCAUUCCCAAGUGCCUCGAGAGCCUCGAAUCCUUUACGAUUACGGGUGCAAAUGUGGAGUUGUCGAUCGGCAACAUUAGCCAUACGUUCAUCAAGAACCUUUCCAUCCGCAGUGACAGGGGAGACAUCACUAUCGAGAGCUUCUAUGGUGAAUCCGCUACUAUCAAGAGUACUGUUGCUGGCGGUAUCUCCGGCCGAUACUCCGUUGCACGGCUGUACGCUCACGCGAAAUCCGGCAAGAUUCAGUCUGACAUCCAUCUCCUGAACACGGAUGAAUCACAGCCGGCACCCAAGGUCAUCUGUGCGACGCUCCACCACCCCGUUUCCGUCCAUGUCGAUGGCACAGAUCUCUUUGGGCCUUUCACGGUCGAGGCCAAGACCCAAUGUCAACCCCUGGAUGUCAAAAUUCUGUUGGCCAACACGGAGCAGCGUCUGUUGGGCAACUUUAUCAACUUUGGAGGGCCCACACGGAUCAAGCUGUCGGGUAAUUAUCAGGGCAGAAUUGAGACUAGGGUACAUUAUGGAAGGAUCACAAUUGACGAGCCAGAGUUCCAGAGGAUCGAUGGUGCGAUGCUCAGCUUGCCCUCGCUGAGUGACCGGAAUGCACCCAGCUCGUUAUCGAGCUCGAAUCUCUCGUCAUCGGCCUCCUCGACCCAUCAGAGCACAGCCAUGUCUUCGAGAACCUCGUCUCAGGGCAGCACCGUCUGGGAGCGCGAUGACCCUCGUCAUCACCAGAAUUAUUUGAAAUACCCGUAUAAUGGCGAUGAACAGCAUCAGCAUCAGCAUCAGCAUCAUUCUGCACCGGGAUCGGGAUCGAACUCGCGUGCAAACUCGAUUAAUGGGUCGAUCGCGGAGACACGAUCUGUGAUGACGACAAAGUCUGAGAAGGAACGUAAGAAGAAGGACGAGGACAAGGACUCGGUGGUGACGAAGGAGGUCAUCGGAACCAUCGGCCACGGUACUGGACUGAUCAUGGCCAAGAACAGCAGUGGGGACAUUACUAUUUCGUUAAUCUGAGUGAGCAUCUUUUCGUUUCUUUCUUUCUCUUGUUCAGCUUCUAGUUUCUAGUUUCUAGUUUCUAGUUUCUAUUUUUUGUUUUUUUUCUUCUUUUAUCUUUCUUCGCAUAUCCUUCAUUGUCUCUUUAAUCCCGCUAGCAUCGUCUUCAUUAAUUAUUCGCGCUCUUUACAUAGACCUCCUCUUCCUAUCCGAUUCUUCCAUUGACACUCCUUAGCACUAAAGAAAUAGAAGCGGAUC